AAGGGGUUGUUACCGAAGUAGCGUCAGAAUGAAACUACGGAGCCCCGAAAGGCCUUUUGCGUUCCCCGGAAAAACACUGCGUAGUUUUCUGGGAGGGACGUGAAUACAACAUAUUUUCCUCAUGCUACAACUUUUUUUUAAUCAACAUGCCACUCUAGCUGUUCCAUAUCAAGCCCACACAAUCACACUCAACUAAACUGAAACUGCGCUCUUUGACACACGCUAAGAUUACGAAUACAAUCACGUUUACUACUUUCUAUAUACAACGAACACCCGUAUAGACUGAGCAACAGCCUAUUGUUAACUUCCGUCUCACGUAUGUGGGAAAUGAUUUACAAAAUUACAAUCACAUGAUGAUUGCAUCAAGCGCUGCCAUUUCAGGAUAUCUUACUUCUCACUACGUUUACAAUAUGGAGAGACCAAUUGUGAGUGACUAUGGAACUAACUACGGCACCAUUAACCCGAAUUAUAGUUUACCAGCACCAGCCAUGGCGGCCGCACCUGCGACAAGCACCUACGGACCUUCUGCACCGCCUGCAAAUAUGUUUGAUACAUUCCCUGGAUAUGAGGGAACAGUGGCUGGUGGAGGCGGUGGGUAUCUUCCACCUCCAAUGCCUGCACCAAUGCCUGUGCCUGAACGGGCCCCCAGCUCACCAGACUGGCAUAUACCCUCCAUCUCAGAGGACCAAGCACGUGAAGCUUUCUCAACAUACGUUUCCAGCAAGUGUUGCUAUGGUUCUGCCCCCGUCAGAGAGGGAGUCAUAACCAGUAUGGAGUCCUUUAAUACCUACAGGUAUCGUUUGGAGACAUUCUUGGAGUCCAGAUCCACUGAAUGGAGUCAGGAGCCUUACGCAGGUCAGGCUGUGGAUGCUGGUGUUCAGCCUGCUCCAGGUCCAUGGCUGAUUGCAGCUCAAACUCCGGCCUUCUUUCAAGAACAUAAGCAGACCAUUAAAGUGCCUUAUACUUCCUCAGUCAAGAACUGUCACACAUGUCUGGGAACGGGAAGACGCCCCUGUACCACCUGUUCUGGAGCUGGAAACAAACCCUGUUGGGUGUGUAAUGGUUCUGGUUACCGUCAUUCUGAUGACCGUUGCACGCACUGCAAUGGGCGCGGACGUGAAAACUGUAGUUCAUGUAGCGGCAACGGCUUUUGCCAGUGUGACACCUGCCGUGGAAAGAGACAGCUGCUCGUCUUCAUCAACCUCACUGUUAAAUGGAGCACUGAGAAGGAUGAUUUCAUAGCACAAGAUUCCAGUGGUCUGAGAGUGGAAAAUCUGGGGAAGGUUUCAGGGAAGGAGCUCUACAAAGAUGCCCAGUAUAUGGUCUAUCCAGUGAGGGGCUUUCCUGAUGUUGCUGUUGCACAAGCUUCUGAGCGCUUAGUCGGAGACCAUCAGGUGAAAUACGCCCAAACAUCUCGCAUAUUACAACAGAGGCAGACGAUUGAGCUCAUUCCCAUAACCAAAGUGAACUACAUGUGGAAAGGAAAGUCUUAUGUUUACUAUGUGUUUGGAAAUGAGUUUAAAGUGAACGCUGAUGACUAUCCCGACACCUGCUGCUGUUCUGUGAUGUAACAUCAAAUACACCUGACCUUACAGUAUAAUAUAAAUGCUAUAUAUCCAUUAAGAUGAGCAAAUAUACUGUGUAUUUUGCCUGUACAGCCCACAAUCAUGACAUCUGUAGCUAACAGAUGACAAAAGACAAAACACAACAUGUCUGAAUGGGGCAUUGUUUAUGCAGCUUAAUGUAUGUAACAUUUUACGUGUAACCUCACUCAAUAUAACCAAAUGUGAAUUACUAGACCUCUUAUAGAUUAAUGCACUUUUCAGAAGACCUAACUAUUGAAGCAUAUGCAGUUAAGUCUGUAGUAAAUCUAUAAACAAAAACAAUGUAUUAUGAAAAAGAAAAGGUCAAAAUAAACUGUGAGUUUUGAGAAAGGA